AUGAAAUUUUCCCAAGCUUCUAUUUUAGCUUUUGCUGCUUUGGCUAUUGCCGCUCCAGCUGCUGCUUCCGAUGGUGAAGAUUGUUCUUCAGUCUCUUUCCAUGGACACCAUAAGCACAAAAGAGAAAUUGUCUAUGAUUAUGCUUAUGUCACUGUUACCGUUGAUAUCAAUGGAAACACUAUUGGUGUCCCAGCUACAAGUAGUACUAGUUCUGUAGAUCCAUCUACUGAACCAUCUACUACUCAAACCAUUGCAACCACUUCCAUUGCAUCAACCACUAGCAGCCAACAAGCUGCUGCCAGUUCAAGUGCCAGUUCAAGUGCUUCUAGUUACCCUGUUGGUGGUAGUGGUGGUAUCAAUGGUGAUUUAGGUGCUUAUCAAAAUCCAACUCAAGAAUUCCCAGAUGGAACUAUUCCAUGCUCUCAAUUCCCAGCCGGUCAAGGUGUCAUUGCUUUGAACAACUUAGGUUUUGGAGGCUGGUCCGGAAUUGAAAACUCUGAUGGUUCUACUGGUGGACCAUGUAAAGAAGGUUCAUACUGUUCAUACGCUUGUCAAUCAGGUAUGUCAAAGACCCAAUGGCCAUCUGCCCAACCAGCCAAUGGUGUUUCUGUUGGUGGUUUAUUAUGUAAGGGUGGCUUCUUAUACAAAUCUAACCCAAGCAAUUCUUACUUAUGUGAAUGGGGUGUUAACAAGGCUCAAGUCGUCUCUGAAUUAUCUCAAUCUGUUGCUAUUUGCAGAACAGAUUAUCCAGGUACCGAAAACAUGGUUAUUCCAACUGUCGUUAACGGAGGUGCUACUUCUCCAAUUACCGUUGUUGACCAAGCUACUUAUUAUACUUGGAGAGGUGGAUCUACUUCUGCUCAAUAUUACGUUAACAAUGCUGGUGUCUCUUAUACUGAUGGUUGUAUCUGGGGUACCCCAGGAUCUGGUAUUGGUAACUGGGCUCCAUUAAACUUUGGUGCCGGUUAUGCCAAUGGUAUUGCUUACUUAUCUUUAAUUCCAAAUCCAAAUAACUACAGUCCUUUGAAUUUCAAUGUUAAGAUUGUCGCUGCUGAUUCUUCUUCUACCGUUAGUGGUCAAUGUGUAUAUGAAAACGGUAAAUAUAACGGAGAUGGUACCGAUGGUUGUACUGUUGGUGUUACUGCUGGUAGUGCCAACUACGUGUUAUACAAUUAA